AUGAACACCCCUGGAUCCUUCGGAAUCGUCGAUUACUCAUUCCCAAUGUGGUCCAAGAAGCACGUCGGCUCCUGGCUCGAUGCCUUCAAGCCUGGUCGCCGCUCCUCCACCUCAUCUUCCUCUACCGCUUCAUCAGCACCGUCCUCUCCUCGGUCCGCCACCUUCUCCUUGUCCUCGCGCAUGGGCUCCAACAGCCGGAGUGGCUCCUUGGCCUCUUUGACGUCGAUGGGCACCAUGGAGGAGCAAGAGUCCCUCAUGGGUGACCAGCCCAAGCAGGCCGCUUACGUGCCGCGCCACGCGGCCAAGUCGUUCAUGAAGACGACUACCUCUAAGGAGAUCCGCAAGCAAAGCGAGAUUAUGUGA